AUGCCGACAAGAGGGAUACUUGAAGUUUUGAUUCAUUCAGAAAGCUUUAGAAAUAUCGAUUUAUACUACCAAGGCCUUUAUUUUAUCCAAUUCACAGCGUAUUUCAAAGACGAAACCUGCGAAGUCCAUGCGAUCCCAAUACAAAUCCAGCCAUCAGAGCAUAUUUCGCAUUCAAAGUCUUUGCACAAUCUUUGACCUGCACAGAUUGAUGACGAAAACAAUGCUUAUAUGACAAAAAUUUUCCUUAUAAGGUAUUCAGACGAAACAGUCAAAUGUGGAGAAGUCGGCAUCUUUAGGGCAGAAAUUGAAUUUGACUUGACAAUUGAGCAGAUUCCGUUAAUUAUUGAAGCAGAACUGUUUUUUUCAGAUUUAGAAGGAAAUGUGGAAGCUGAAUAUAUCAGAAAAAUCAUGAAAGACCCAGUGCUGGCACCUCAGUUUAAGUCUGUAGGAAAUGCUCAGUUUAAAGUUGCGAACCCUUUUUUUGGAGUAAAUCAGAUGAUUCCUGUGAUUUUUACUGAUCUUUAUUCAUGUGUGCUGAAUACAACUAUUCAUGUUUUGCUACUGGAUUAUAAAUUUGAUGCAGACCAUCAAGCGGAAAGUCUUUUCCCGGAAAUCCAAACGAAACUGAAAAGCAAAGCAAUUGAUAGAGCGUAUGACACUUUUGUGCUGUUAUUAGCUACUGUGCAUAAUAAUAUAAGGAAUUUAGUUAGCAAAGUGAUGAAAGCUGAAGGGGCAAGAUAUAAAAUUUCAAAUAUCAAGAAAAGAAUAAAACUCCCUGUGCUGAUUGGACUAAAAGAAGGACAAGAAUAUGCAAAAACUGAUACAGGGGUAAGAAGAGCGCUUUUCAGUGAAUGCAUGACUGUGAGGAAUAAACAAAGUGUGACUGAUUUUAUUAUUAAUGAAAUUAAAGAAGUGGCUGCCAAUUUGUGCCAGAUUAAGUAUGAUUUAGGAGAGGUAUUGAGGCAUAAUUCUGAAAUUGUGUUUGAGAUACUUCAGAUUAAGUAUGCUAAAUUAAGCAAGACUUUUAAUAAUGCUCGCAUAAACAAAAAUGGUGAUGGCAGACCACCUCGACCUCUCGGCCUUAUUUCUUCAAAAGCAGCAGGCAAAGGCAGUAAUGUUAGGGGAUUAGGUAGUAGAAAGGAGUCGGCAAUCCUUUAUGCAUGCCUGGCUAAGUUUACCUGGGAGCUGACCCCUAGGAUUUGGGGUUUUUCCUCCUAUCAAGGACUCAUAUAAAUAGCUAACUUAAUAAUGCUCUAAUUUAUUUUUUUCUAUGAAUUCAUUCUUAAUAAAUAUACAACACAACAAUGAGGGAAAGGUGAGGCGAAAACAUAUAUCGUGCCAUAAAGCCUCUUCCUUACACAGUAAUCGCUGACCACAACACUCAAGAUUCCCACAACAGUGUGGCUGAAGCUCGAAGAAAAUCCAACUACAUGCCAUUUCUUGAAGCUUUAGAAGUAGAAGACCUAAAGGUAUUUUUACGUCCAGAUUUAUCCACAAUCCUCUUUGAAGACGUUUUUAUCAGAGAAAAAUUUCAAGAUUCCUUUGAUCCUAUCUGCUAUUCCACAAAAUCUAAAUUUGAGCCAAAAACACAUUUAUUUAUACUAGUCCACGGCUUUAUGGGCUCCUACUAUGACAUGAAGAUUAUCAAGGACACUUUGUCCUUAUUUUUGCCAAAUUCCUCAUUUUUUAGCUCUAGGGCUAAUGAAGGAAAAACAGAAGGUAGCAUUUUUGAUAUGGGGUAUCAGCUAGCUAUGGAGGUUAAAAGUAUUUUAGAAGAAUUUCAGUAUAGAGCUAUUAAUAGGAUCUCGUUUAUAGGACACUCGUUGGGAGGACUUAUUAUAAGAGCUGCAUUGCCACAUCUGUCUGAGCUGAAGGAAAAGCUGAAUCUUUAUAUGACUUUUGGAAGUCCACAUUUAGGCUGCAUUUGUGGGUCGUCGAAACUUAUUGAUGCAGGGCUUUGGCUGCUUGCGAAGCUCAAGAAGACUAUAAGUUUACAGCAGCUGGCAAUGACUGAUUCAAAAAACCCUAGGAAAACUUGUAUUUAUAGCUUGUCGAGGGCUGAAGGGCUAGGAUGGUUUAAGAAAAUUAUUUUGGUUAGCUCUUCGCAGGACAAUUAUGUGCCAUUUGAGUCUGCAAGAAUUGAAGCUGGAAAAAGUGCUUUUGAAGGUGAUACUUUGCAGCUAGAGAUGGCUGAUGGAUUAAUUUCACAGAUUCGUGCAGACUUAUUAUAUAGGAUUGAUGUGAAUUUUGGAAUGAAAGAUGACUUGCUGACUCUUUGAGCUCACCUAUGAAAUUUUUUAGCUAAAUUGAAAUUUAAAUGCUAAUAUCAGCUUUAGUAUGCUGGAGUUCCUUGCAGCUUCUUUCAGCUGUAAAAAAAGGACGAUCAGAUCCCGAUAGACUAAUUUUUGAAUAUUUUAAAUAAUUUAAAUGAUUAUAGUCUAAGAAUUUUAUUAUUCAGCUAUAUGAUUGAUCGCUAAGCCUCUUAAAUUUCAUUUAGAUACAAAAAAUAAAAAAUUUAUUUUUCCUAUUGGGGAGAGUAAGUAAUAUGAUAGGAAGAACUGCACAUGUCCAAAUGCUAGAUAAUCCUCCCUUAUUGAAUAUGCUUCUCUAUCUUCAUCCAGAUGCAUUUUGUUAA